CAGGAUAGUAGGAAGAUGUUGACGAGGCAUAUAUUCUAAAAACUAGAAAGUGCCGGUAAUUACCUCGCCUUUCCAGAUCCGAGCUUGAAACUGGAAUCAUACAUAUAUCCAUUCCGAUCUGUUUCAAAUUCUGCACACACUCCUAAACCAAAUUUUCAGAUCUUCUACAAGAACAAAAGAGAAUGUCAAGCUACUCACACCCUCCUCCCGGCUAUGGCUAUGGCUACGGCUACAGCUACGGCAGCGCUUCACCUCCAGGUCAACCCUACGGUGCACCGCCGCAAGGGCAGCUCCAACACCAACAGCACCAGACAGCCCAACCCUACGGUGCUACGUCUGCACCGUACGGCUCUUCAUACAAGCCAGAGAAGCCGCACAAUCCAGCUAAGCCUCUCAAGAAUCAAGCCAGCGGAGGUGGAUACCCCGCGCCUGCUCCGAGUUACGGCAGCCUGUUCGCGGCUUUGGUUCCAUCGGUGUUCCCGCCGGGCACGGAUCCGGAAACCAUAGCUUGCUUUCAGCUGGUAAUCAGGACGGCAGCGGCUUCAUCGACGACAAUGAGAUGCAGAGAGCUCUGUCGUCGUACAAUCAGAGCUUCAGCUUGAGGACUGUUCAUCUUCUCAUGUACCGUUUUACCCAGACCAACACCAGGAA